GACUGCCGCUGCUGCCGCGAGACCCACCUCCGGGCGCGCGACGUGGUGCUCACCCACUGUUACGACGGUGACGGCAACCGCAUCACUGGCGACAACGGCAAACUGACCGUCAAGCUGCGCGAACCUGCGGACUGCCAGUGCUUCAAGUGCGGGAAUUCGAUCCGAUAAGGAGUUCGAUCCCACUCCGAUGCCCGGUUGCCGUGUUGGAACUCAACCCGACGUGUAACUGGACGUUCGACCUCUGCUCUCGAUUGAUAACAUAGCCCUACCUCUGCGAUUUAUUUUUUGAUCUUCAGUGAUAAGCAGCAUGGCGAUUUUCAAUCACGACAGUUUAAUGAAUACAAGUAUAGUUACAGCAGUGCUACGGGCAAGCGUCCAAACUCUCAUUAUCAUUCUUCAAAUUUAGCAAGUGAUGAAUAGAGAUUAAUUCAUCUGUUUCUACCAUGGGGGAAAUUCCAUUGUAAAAUCCAUCAUGACGAAUUUUCAAAAUAAAGAAAUCCUGAAAUUUCGAGAGCAAUCGAAACAUUCACAUACAUAAUCAAUUAUCACUGUUAUAUUCAUCCAUAACUUCACUUUUUACCCCUUUGUCAUUUAUGUCAAAUAAUACUCAUAGAAACACAUAUAUAUCAUAAAACAACCUUCCUUCUUGUAAAACAUGUUUAUAUAAUGAUCUAGUAAUGUUUCUUAGUCUAGUCGAUGUAGCAUACUUGAAGAAAAGGAGGAAAAGGACACAUCAAAAGGUCUGAAACGUGUGCGUGACAAGUUCCUUUCCAUUCAAAUUUUCUUGCAUUUUUUCUACGUCUGGCAAAUUGUCUAUGGCUUACUUGUGCAACUUGAAAUAAACUGUUAUCUAACAGGCAUGA